UUUGCAGAACCUCUCUAUUGUUGGCUUUGAAGGAGUUGUUAAAGUGGGUUCUGAGUUUUAUGGCAACAAUUCUUCAUUAGUUAAGCCAUUUGGAGCCCUGAAAGUUCUAAGGUUUGAGAAAAUGUUGAAGUGGGAGGUAUGGUCUUAUUUUGAUGCUGAAAAUGAAGGUGAAGCUUUUGCUCCACUUGAAGAGCUUUAUAUUGACGACUGCCCUAAUUUGACAGGGCGACUGCCCGUCCAUCUUCCUUCCUUGGCUAAACUUGAGAUUCAUAAAUGUCCGCUGCUACUGGAUUCCCUCCCAAGGGCUCCUUCUAUAUGUGAAUUGGGACUAAUACACUGUAAAGAGAUUCUGUUGAAGAAAUUGCCGGCUGGAUUACGGAAGCUCAAUAUCGGAGGAUUUGGCCCACUGAAGUCCCUUCCCCGGGGACUGGCAGACUUCGACGGUAAUCUUCAAGAGUUAACUAUCUCAAACUGUAACAUGUUAAGGCUCCCUAGCUUUUCAUCCCUUGAAACGUUGCGGUUGUACGGAUGCGAUUCCCUUAAGUCAUUUCCAUUAGAUUUGUUCCCGAAGCUUUGCAGUAUCAGAAUCUCUGGGUGCAAGAAUCUGAAAUCUUUUAUAGUUGCAGAACGACAUGGACGUGAUUUAGGGAUCUUACGUAUAUUCAUAAAAAAUUGCCCUAAUUUUGUAUCUUUUCCGAAAGGAGGAGUUCGUGCCCCGGACCUUACAUUCUUUUGGGUCCAAGAUUGUGGAAGUCUGAGGUCGCUGCCAGAGAAGAUGCAUAUUCUCCUACCUUCUCUCAAGUCUUUUUGUAUAAUUGAUUGUCCAGAAGUUGAAUUCUUGCCCAUAGGGGGCUUUCCUUCCAAUCUGGAACUUAUUGACGUCCAAAAUUGUGAAAAACUCUUUGCCGGUCGGAUGGGAUGGGGUUUGCAAAAACUCCUAUUUGUUAGAAAUUUGUAUAUCGGCAGCAAAUCUGAAGAUGUGGUGUCUUUUCCAGAGCGAGGGUUGCUGCCUUCCAGUUUGACUUAUCUUCAUAUCUUGGGAUUUCUAAAUCUGAAAUCUUUGGACAAGAAUGGGCUUCAACACCUCACCUCUCUUCAAGGAUUGACGGUCCAUGACUGCCCUAAACUCAAGUACAUGCCGGAUGAGGGGUUGCCUCCGUCCCUUUCUUUUAUAAAGAUCAAAGAAUGCCCUUUGUUGAAGAAACGGUGGCAAAGCAGGAAAAAGAUUCCCGACAUCGAUCACAUAGAGAUUGAUUAUGAAGAAUUUAUUGGAUGAGCCAAAAGCCUCGUCGAUCACAGAUACACAUGAACCCUGAUUUGUGCUGUUCACAUAUCUGGUCAACAAGGAUGCCAUUGACCCAUUGCAGAAGAAGAUAAUUAACAGAAUUUAGAAGUUCGGUGGGCUUGGUGGCGAUUGCUAGAAACAGAGGCCGGGAAUUAGAAUCCAUGAUUCUAAACAGAAUGCUGAGAGGAUGUUGUACAAGUGCACCAAUACAAUUCCAGAGCAAUUACUAGAACAAGUCAAUGUUAUCGUGUAUGCUUCAGAAGCAGGAGGAAUUCUCUCAUGUAUUAACAAAAAGCCUCUCAGAUCUCUCCCUCAUGAUACACCUGAACAGAUCUUUGUUUGGGUUCUUGUGAUUUUUUCUUUCUUUCUUUUUGAAAAGAUUUCUUCUCAUUAGUUAGGUCUUUGAGUUAAAGAAAAAUGGAAGCCUCCUUUUGAAAUGAUGAUUCACCAAUAGAAGUCUUAUCUCACUCGUCUCCAAGAGGUGGAAGCUCGAUCACCUUAUAGUCAGAUUCAUCUUUCUUACACAUUCACUGUCAAAGGUCAAGAGGCAUCUCCGCCCUCUAGCUUGUUCAACAGUGUUUCCAGUACAAGGGUCCCCAAAGAUCUAAUUGUCAUGUUGGUGACAUCCUUGGAAUGGCAUUUUGCCCAUUUGGUUCUUCCUCAAAGAUGGCCCUAUGUUUUAAGGUGGUGAGCAUUCAGCAUGCAAACUUUAACCAAAGUUCUUAUUGGAGACAGGAAAAUGAAAAACUUUUCUUGAAGCUUGUGAAGAUCAUGUAGAGUUUGUGACUUGAUUUGAGGCAGCAGAUAUUCCGGUCCUCUAGAGAGCAGUGUGUGUGAAAGAAGACAGAAGCAGAAGAGAUCCUGAUACAGCUGUGUUUUCGGCAGUAUAUAGACUUGAGAGAGAGAAGUCAUUUUUGUCUCAUUUGUAUUCUUUAUUACUUAAUCUCUUUUGUGGGAGCAUGAAAUCGAUAUGGUGUAUCGAGGCUUUUGCGUCUAAGUGAUUCUCUUUGUAAUGUACUUUGUACUCUAUCCUUUUGAUAGUGAAUUUUUUUUGGAUCGUCUUCGCCAGUGGAUAUAAGCUUGUUAAGCCGAACCA